CGUUUGCCGCCAAAACUUUGUGGAGCCGAUACUCUCUGAGCGCUGCGGUCGGCGGCCUGCAAGACACACUCUAUACGGCAAGAGACAUACUCUGACGAUAAGUUGUCUGCCAUGUUGGCACCACGUCAAGUACGCAUAAAGCGGAAGAGGACCGAAGCACCGCCAGACGAGCUCGUCGUAGAGCACAGUAACAGUCACAACCUCACCUUCAAUCAGCGAGCCAAUCAAGUCCUAUAUAGGCUUGGUGCGGUGAAGCAUGCGUCUCGAACGGAGGGCAAGCCUGCAAAUCUCCGGUCAACUGCUAGCAGUGCCUUGCCACCAGAUGAAGCCAACAAGGGGCACCACGACCCGGCUGCGACAGAUGCAAGUGACUCUCCGCGCAAGCGACAGAAGCGUGUCUACCACCUGUCUCAUAAGGAUGCGAUCACCAUAACUAGGAGCGAGACGACUGUGGGUCAGCGGCUAGAUGAUGGCGCAACCAAGCUUACACAGCUCGCCACCUUUGAGCAGCUACCCGUCGCUUCAGUUGACCGGCAGCCACAACUGGCUGUACCCGCGGACGCAGAGUCUGCCACUACGCCGCUACCAACGGAAAUGCAGCCUCUCAAGCGACCAAGCAAGGGCUUAGCAGUCUCUGGCGCUCAACCAAAGUUCACCGCAAACCAGGAUGCCAAAGAUGGCGCGACUCAGGAGGAUCUACAUAAGAUUGCAACAAACCUCCAGUCUUUUGCGCUUCACGAGUUGCCAAAGGUGACCAGGCCGACGGUGACUGUGGUUCCAAGGUUCGCUGGUCGAAGGCGAGAUAUGACUCAUGCGAUAGCCUCUAAUCCUGAGCCCCGGAUCCGGGAUGAUGAAAUUAUGGAUGUAGACUCACAUGCCGACUUCGUCUUCGACACGUAUACUUUGGCACCAGAUGGGGAUGUCAGCAGCAUUAUCAACUUGGACAAUGGCAAUGUCGGCUACCUCGUCAUCACCGACGAAGACCAGGCUGUCUGGGAACAGUACAUCGACGAGCAGAUCAGUGAUGCAGAAUAUGAUACUGACGAUGCUGACUCCAACGCUGAGGACUUUUACGGCGCCGACUACCCUGACGACGAGCUAGCGAGUGACGAUGAGCACGACAGGGGAGCUUAUGGGUACCGUGCUCACGGCGCUAGCGACGACGAAGAAUGGAACUCAGACACUGGAGCAUACAGCGACGAUGAGUGGAAUAAGUUAUACCCAUGGAGGAAGUAGGGUGCGCUGCACGAAUGUGCUGGAGAGGUCAAUCGUUCUGUCGCCAGUAACCGAAACUUACAGGGAUGCGCAAGCGAAAGCGACGAAGUAGGAAGCGCAUGCGCGAUCAGGACCUGGCGGUUCGGCGAAAGCGGUACACUAUCCAAGUACCGAUGACAAAACGAGUUGUGUGCAGGACGACGUGUAAGCUCCACAGCAACUGGGCGCAGACCAGGUAGGCCGGCAUGGUGAGUAUUGCCGAGUUGCUAAACGUGGUAAAACAUCGAAGUGCGAAGGUUUGAAGUCCAAUCAGUUGUUCAGCCUCAAAUUGAUAUGCCUGUAGCAAGCUCAAGCUUCACGAACGGAUGCAGCCAAGUACGACACUUGGUGUGCCGUGAACCAUUCCCGGGGCU